AAUUCAAAAAUUGCUAAUCUCCUCCAAAAAAAAUUGAUCAAUGGAUGAUAAUUUAAGCGGCGAGGAAGACGAUUACUAUUACUCCUCCGAUCAGGAAUCUCUCAACGGAAUUGAUAAUGAUCAAUCCUUUUUGCAACCUCUUUCUUCCAGAGCUAAUACUGUCAAGGUUAUUACGAAGGAAUCACUUUUGGCAGCACAGAGGGAGGAUUUGCGGAGAGUGAUGGAAUUGUUAUCGCUUAAGGAGCACCAUGCUCGGACUCUUCUUAUACAUUAUCGAUGGGAUGUUGAGAAGUUGUUUGCUGUGCUUGUUGAGAAAGGGAAGGAUAGUUUGUUUUCUGGUGCUGGUCUUACAUUUCUUGAAAAUCAAAGUUGUGAUUCUUCGGUUUCUCGUUCUUCGAUGUUGAGUUGUGAUAUCUGUAUAGAAGAUGUACCGGGUUAUCAGAUGACAAGGAUGGAUUGUGGCCAUAGCUUUUGCAAUACUUGUUGGGCUGGGCAUUUUACUGUAAAGAUAAAUGAAGGUCAGAGCAAAAGGAUUACAUGUAUGGCGCAUAAAUGUAAUGCUAUUUGCGAUGAAGAUGUUGUCAGGACUCUAGUUAGUAAAAGCCAACCAGAUUUAGCUGAGAAGUUUGAUCGUUUUCUUCUUGAGUCGUAUAUCGAAGAUAACAAAAUGGUGAAGUGGUGUCCGAGUACUCCGCAUUGUGGGAAUGCAAUACGUGUUGAGGAUGAUGAGCUUUGUGAGGUUGAAUGCUCAUGUGGUUUGCAGUUCUGUUUUAGUUGUUCAUCUCAAGCGCACUCCCCUUGCUCUUGUGUGAUGUGGGAGCUAUGGAGAAAGAAGUGCUAUGAUGAGUCCGAGACAGUUAAUUGGAUAACUGUUCACACAAAGCCGUGUCCCAAAUGUAACAAGCCCGUUGAAAAGAAUGGUGGAUGCAAUCUCGUGACUUGUCUUUGUCGACAAUCUUUUUGUUGGUUGUGUGGUGGAGCUACGGGAAGAGAUCACACUUGGUCUAGAAUUUCGGGUCAUAGUUGUGGUCGGUUCCAAGAAGAUAAAGAGAAACAUAUGGAGAGAGCAAAAAGGGAUCUCGAACGGUAUAUGCAUUAUCAUAACCGGUACAAAGCACAUACUGACUCCUCCAAGCUAGAGGCUGAGCUUAGUUAUAGUAUUCGUAAAAAGGUGUCGUUUUCAGAAAAGAGGGAGUUACAACUUAAAGACUUCAGCUGGGCUACCAAUGGACUCCACCGGUUAUUUAGAUCAAGACGAGUUAUUUCAUAUUCAUACCCUUUUGCAUUUUACAUGUUUGGAGAUGAACUGUUUAAAGAUGAGAUGAGCACUGAGGAAAGAGAAAUAAAACAAAAUCUGUUUGAGGAUCAGCAGCAGCAGCUUGAGGCUAAUGUUGAGAAACUUUCUAAGUUCUUGGAGGAACCCUUUGAUCAAUUUGCUGAUGAUAAGGUCAUGCAGAUAAGGAUUCAAGUCAUCAAUUUGUCGGUUGCGGUCGAUACCCUCUGCAAAAAAAUGUAUGAAUGCAUUGAAAAUGACUUGCUGGGUUCUCUGCAACUUGGCAUCCACAACAUUACUCCAUAUAGAUCAAAUGGCAUAGAACGAGCAUCUGACUUUUAUAGUUCUCAGAAUUCAAAGGAAGCUGUUGGUGAAAUAUGUCAGUCUUCGGAUUGUGGUACAAGCGGAUGGACGUCCAGGCUCGAUCAAGCUUUGGGAUCUGGAAACUCGGAAGACACAAGUUGCUCUUCCAAUAAGCGUGCCAGAAUAGAAGGAAGUUACAGAAACAGCCAAACCACCUUACUAGAUUUAAACUUGCCAGCAGAAGCCAUUGAGCGGAAAUGAACACUUAUCCUACCUCACCUCCCAAUAACAGCCUUUUUGUCCAAAUAAAGCGUGUUACCCGGAAAUGUAUAGCUCUUAACCCAAGCCCCUCUGCUUGAUUUGUUUUUCACUGACCUUACCUAACCCUCUUCAGUUCUGAAAAAGGGAUCAAGCUGUUCAUCGUUUCUUACAAAAUUUUAAUCAGUUUUGGAGUUUUAAAAAUGAAUUAUGGACUUAUGG